AACAAAGCAACGCGUCUGUCUGUCACUGCAACUGUUUGUGCUGUUUGAAAAGAGGGAGAAAAAGUUUUUUUGUGGACUUUUUUUCACAUUUCGCGAGUGUUUAUCAAAGGACAAUCAGAAGUUUAAUCCACAGGCUCUGCAGCUCUUUGAAAUGGAUGACAUCCAGGUUGUUGAGUCCAAACCCCUGCUGGUGGACAGGGAACUGCCGGGUCUCAGAGAGGCUGUGCAGCAGCUCGUUGUCAAGGAGCAUGAUGUGGAGACUCCUUAUGGAAGAGUCCGUUGUACAAUGAAGGGGGUCCCCAAGGCGGACAGACCCGUCAUCCUCACCUACCAUGACAUUGGACUGAACCACAAAACCUGCUGGAACACACUCUUCAGCCAUGAAGACAUGUCAGAGAUCAUGCAGCACUUUGCCGUUUGUCACGUCGACGCCCCCGGGCAGCAUGAGGGAGCUAACACCUUUUCCACUGGAUAUGAGUACCCAUCGAUGGACCAGAUUUCUGAGACCCUCCCUCUGGUAUUGAAGCACUUUGGGCUGAAGAGUGUCAUCGGAAUGGGCAUCGGAGCCGGGGCCUACAUUCUGACCAGAUUCGCUCUGGACUACCCGAACAUGGUGGAAGGGCUGCUACUCAUUAACAUCAACCCAUGUGCUGAGGGAUGGAUGGACUGGGCUGCACACAAGCUCAGCGGCUUGACCCAUGACAUGGCUGACAUGAUCAUCACCCACCUCUUUGGAAAGGAGGAGAUCCACAACAACCAGGACCUAAUUGGAACAUACCGCCACCACAUUUUAAAUGACAUGAACCAGUUCAACCUGCAUCUCUUUGUCAAGUCCUACGAAAGUCGGAGGGAUUUGGAAAUUGAGAGGCCGAUCCCUGGAAGCAACGUCAGAACCCUCAAGUGCCCUUCUCUGCUGAUGGUUGGUGACAGCUCUCCUGCUGUGGAGGCUGUGGUUGAAUGCAACACCAAACUGGACCCAACAAAGACCACCUUACUCAAGAUGGCCGACUGCGGAGGCAUGCCCCAGGUUGACCAGCCUGCCAAACUGACAGAAGCUUUCAAGUACUUCAUUCAGGGCAUGGGAUACAUGCCCUCUGCCAGCAUGACCCGCCUGGCCCGCUCCCGCACCGCCUCUGGCUCCAGCGUCACCUCCUUUGAGGGCAACCGCUCCCGCUCCCACACCAGCGAGGGCAACCGCUCCCGUUCGCACACCAACGAGGGCAGCCGCAGCCGCAGCCACACGGCCGACAACCAGCGCGGCCGCUCCCACACGGAUGGCUCCAUGGACGGCACAGGCAACAGCAGCGUGGACCAAGCCGUGCCCAAGUCCACUGAAGUGUCCUGCUAAGCUGACCCUUCACUGUUCAGGCACCCCAAACCUCUCAAGGUCCCUUUGGUUUGUGCUGCGCUGCCUCUAACAGACACACAGACACACACAUUCCUACGCACAUACACUGAUGUGGAGAGGGACAUUAAGAUAGCUUACCUGGAAUUUUAAAAACGCACAAUGGGCGCGGAUGAUUCAGUGCAGCUGAGAUGCAACAAAUUGAAAAUAUGAUGUGAGAUGUUUUGUCUGAGGGACUUAAACACAUCUGAAUGAAAAAAAUGCUCCUGAGCUCCUUGGUCAGGUGAGUGUGUAGUUAGGGGCAACGCAGCAUUUUGGGACAACAAAACGGAGAAUGUUGGAGAAAGCUGUGGUUACACCAGCUUGUACAUGUAUCUCAUAAUCUCUCAUUCAUAUAAAAAAAAGUUUUAAUUUGCAUUUCUGCGUUCCCUCAUCCUGUUUUUAUCCAUUUUUACCAUAUUGACACAGCUUUCUCAAAUAUACCUGACUGUAAAUGACUGUUUUCUGUUCUCACUGUAAUUGUUUGAUCAUUUAUUCUUUAUUUUUUCCAUGUCUGAAGUGUUGUUGUAUGAACGUAGGAGCAGAUUUGUAGAUGUGGCGAGGGAAUGGAGAGGCACUUGGAUAAAUGGAAAUAGCAGUUUGUCUCACAAAUUGCUAUGUCACUUUGAAGAUUAAGGGACAGGCUUCAAGUAUAUCAUGUAUAUACAGCAAAUAAUAUUGUUUCACCAUGCCAAUAUCCAUUACCCUUGAGUUUUUAUCAAACCAUCUGUCAUUUUAAUGAUUUUCAGGAAUCAAAUGAUCAUUUUUAGUACAUUCCAAAAAGGCUGUAGGCUUAAUCAAAACACACUAUGAAAUACAAAAUUCAAAAGCUUUUACAUUGUAUGCUUUAUUAAUGGAUCAUGGCUUCAGACUUUUUUUUUCUUUUUUUUAAUGAUGAUUUCUAUGCAAUCAAGCACAAUGGAACAAAGAUGUGCCAUGGAGUUUCUUUUGUUUUUUUUUAGACAUGAUGCUCCUAUGUGGUUGUGGAUUUUUUUGGGUGAGUGAAGUGAUAGGUCCACAUGUUAACACGAGGAUAGCCAUAGAACUUACCCGACACCUUCUACUCCUGUAUUUUACUUGCACUACAGCAACAUUUUUGCUUUGUAGGACACAUACACAGCUUUGUAAAGAUGCGAUGCACAACCGUCUAAUGCUGUAGAAAAGCAUUAAAAUGACAUAACAGUUUGUAUUUAUUAAAAAAAUGACAAUAAAAAAACUUGUAACUGA